AUGCAAUUUUUGCUUUUCUAUAUUCUGAUUUGUGCACCAAUUGUACGAUCUCAAACUACUGCAUGUACGAAAUGGAGUACUACAGGCGUUACUAUAGCUGGAACUGGGGUAGCUGGUAAUUCAUCCCAUCAACUUUAUACUCCACAAAGCAUUUUUAUUCACAAAUUAACAAAUACAUUAUAUGUAGCCGAUUUUAGUAAUCAACGUGUUCAGAAAUUUUCAUUGGAUGCUUCUUCCAGCGGUGAAGGUGUGACUGUAGCAUCUGGUAGUUGGUGGAUGCCAGUCGAUAUUUAUGUUGAUACAGACGACAGUAGUAACAAGCCCAUUAUUUACAUAGUAACAUUCACAUCUUAUUAUGCUGAAAAAUGGAUUGAAGGCGCAACUCAUGGUGAAAAACUUGCACAUAAAUGCCGUUCAUGUUCUAGUAUUUCAUUGGAUAAAAAUAAGAACGUUUAUUUAUCAUCUGCGUCGGAUGCUUGUGUAUAUCAAUGGUCGCCACAAACAAAUACGACCAUCGUUGUUGCUGGUCAUGAACAGCAACCGGGACUUACUGAUGGAAAUCUUGAUGAGCCACGUGGAAUUUAUGUUGAUGAAAUAAAACAAACGGUGUAUGUAGCUGAUUUGAAGAAGAAUCACGUUCAAAAAUGGAGUAUGGGCGCUAACGAAGGUCCAACUGUGGCAGGUUCGCGUGCCGGUCAGGAUGGAAGCUCUGCUGAUCUUCUCUACGAACCGAUGAACAUACAAGUGGAUGAAGUAACAAAAAUUCUCUACAUAGCUGAUAAAAGAAAUCAUCGAAUUCAACGGUGGCUUCCCGCUGCAUUAGCCGGUGAUACGCUUGUUGGAGGACGCGGUGAGGGCGAUGGCGCCGAGCAACUUCGUUAUCCAACUGAUUUGGCAUUCGACCGUGAUGGAAAUCUUUAUGUGUGUGACAGCACAAAUCAUCGCAUUCAACGAUUCAAACUACUUGAAAGUCCAUCAUGCAAAUCCGCAUCAACAGCUAAUUUUCCAAUGUUCAAAAUCAUCAUUCUCUUUUGUGUAUUAUCGAAGGAGAAGGUUAUCACACGAUUCACUUGUCGGACAGUAACUGAUAACUUAUCGGCAAAUUGGAUCUUUUUAUUAUCUGCAUUAGUCUUAAGAAUAUUAUGA